GUGUGGAGAUGGACUGACUGGGAUUCUGGUAUUUGAAAGGAAAGAUUCAAAAUAAGAAGUGAAGCAGGAAAAGUAUCAAGGAGAGCGACAGAAGGAAGACAAUAAGAAAAGGAAUAUACUUUAUUUUAUUUUUUUAAACAUUAAAACACAAUGAUUUGGUGUGUGAUAUUACUGAAUGUGCUGAGCGGAUUUAUCAUCUGCUCUGCAGACAUUAACAAGGAAAAAGCAUUGAGACUAAUGAGAGAGACCCCCCUAAUAGAUGGACACAAUGACCUUCCUUGGCAGAUGAGGCAGCUCUUUAACAAUGAGCUGGAAAAGAUGGACCUUAACACUCUGGAAAAGACUCACACCAACAUCCCAAAGAUCAAAGCUGGACGUCUCAGCGCUCAGUUCUGGGCUGCUUAUGUACCCUGCGAGUCUCAGUACAAGGAUGCAGUGAUGAAGACUGUGGAGCAGAUUGAUGUUGUGCACCGCUUGUGCCAUCUCUACCCUAAUGACUUGAUGUUUGCCACAAGCAGCGACGAUAUUUUAUCUGCGUUCAAGCAGAAUAAAACAGCCAGCCUCAUUGGAGUGGAAGGGGGUCACUCGAUCGACAGCAGCCUGGGCACCCUGCGCAUGUUCUACAAUCUGGGGGUGCGCUACCUCACACUCACACACAGCUGCAACACCCCCUGGGCAGAUAAUUGGCUGGUGGACACUGGAAAGGACACAUCAGAAAACAAUGGCUUAUCAGAUUUUGGAAAAGAAUUGAUUAGAGAGAUGAACCGGCUGGGAAUGCUGAUUGACUUAGCACACGUUUCUGAGAAGGUGAUGAACCUUGUUCUGGAACUCUCCAUUGCCCCAGUCAUCUUCAGCCACUCCUCCGCCUAUGAAGUGUGCAAAAGCAAGCGCAACGUUCCUGAUGACGUCCUCAAAAAAGUGGCUUUAAAGAAGGGAAUCGUAAUGGUGAACUUUUACAAUGAUUACGUCACCUGCCAGAAAACCGCCAAUCUAUCAAAUGUGGCAGAUCACUUUGACCACAUCAAGAAGGUGGCAGGCCAUGAGAUCAUUGGCUUUGGAGGGGACUACGAUGGAGUGUCCAGGGUCCCAGAAGGAUUGGAGGAUGUCUCCAAGUACCCUGACCUGGUGGCUGAGCUGCUGAGACGAGGCUGGACCGAUACUGAGGUGAAGGCAGCGCUGGGAGACAACCUGCUGCGAGUCUUCAGGGAAGUGGAGAAGGUGAGCAUGCUAACAUCCUGCUUCUCCAUUACAAAGCAUUGUCAUUAUUUUAUUCAUUACUUCUCCUUGCUUAUUUUUGAGGUGCGGGACUCAAUGACUGCUAUUAAGCCUUAUGAGGUUCCCAUUCCCUAUGCUGAUGUGGUGAACCCAUGCAGGACCAUGUAUGGAUAUCCGCCCCAAGACAAUGCAGGGAGUAUGAUCUCUUUGGGACUGCAUCUCCUUCUACUCACAUUGCUUCUGCACGGCACCAUACUUCAGCUCUUUUAACUCCUCUGCAGUUGUCCAUUUCAGAACAGGAAUCUGUUUACUAUAGGUGAAAGCAUUACAAAGUGUAGUAAUAUAUGGUAAACUAUAAAAAAUGCUUAGAAUUGGCAUGGAAAAGCAGGGCAAAUUAUAAAAUGACAGUCAAAAUGUACCCUGGUUUGCUCUUAUUUGGGCUAAUCCCUUUCAAGGAGUGAUAACUAUGGAUUUAAUAUCAAU